AUGCAUGAAGCGGAAACAUAUUUGAAUAGAAAGUAUUCAACAUUUGUUGUUAAAUACUCGUGGUGUUUUUUGUUACUUGGAUUGAUUAUUUGUUUUGCACUUGGUUUAUCGGCUGUUCUGUUACGUGAUUUACCUGAUUUUAAUGAUCCAACCAAAGGUUUCGUUCCACGAGGUAAAAAUACAUUAACGUCUCGAUUAUUCGUUCUUGAAAGAGUGAAAAAUGAACUUGAUAAACAGAUAGCAGCUGGAAAAUUGCUGGAUAAAAAACAUUUCUCUUCAUCAUCAUUAAAUAUCAGUAAAAACGAGGAAGAUGAAGAUCUUGAUUAUGAUGAUAAUUUAACGGAGUCCUAUCUAUUAGAAGAUUUACGAAAUAGUAUUGAUUCGUGUGCUUUUUUAUCAAAAAAUGACCAUAAAUGUUUAACUAACCAACGAGUGUAUCAAUUAUUAAAUAACAAAAGUGAUUUAAUAAAGUUUUCGAAAACCAUUGAACAACAAAUUAACAAACCCAAUGAACAAAUGUGUACAUCAAUUGAUUUAAAUCGUCAUUAUGAAGUCUAUUUUGAAUCAAACAAUAAAUCUUCACCAAAUCUAUUAACAAUCAAUAAUCUGUUAUCAUUAUGUAAAAAACAAAAUAAUCUCAUUGAAUUGUUUCAAUUAGAUUCAACAUGUCAUUAUACAUUACCACAAAUGAUUUCUUAUUUUUCAAAUAAAUCAAAUUGUUCUGAACUCAUUGAAAAUGAUAUAACAUAUUUUGUUUAUCGCAUGCAACGUUGUCACCAAUUACAUAAAGUUGGUCUUAUACGUAUAGCUGGCUUAAAACGCUACCGUUUUAAACCGAUCGAAUUAUUUGAAUAUGAUUCUUGUUUUCGAUAUAAUUUUACAUUUUUAACAUUAGAAUAUUUAUUAGAUAAAACAUUUUUAACAACGAAUGAAACACGUUACACAGCGAUGUGGUUUUUAAAACCUACAAAAUCCAAAAAAUCCUUAAACGGUAGUGAAAUUCAUACGGCAAAUUCUGCCUAUGAUCUAUUUAUUAAACAUUUUUAUCGCAAUCCGAAAUUCGAUGAUGGUUGGACAAGAAUAUCUGCAUUAAACUUUUUGGAUAUUCGAAUAUCGACAGCAAUGAAACAAAUUCGCGCUGACAUGUUUUUUGUUAUAUUAGCAAUAUCAUUAAUUGUUGGUGUAACAGUAAUUUAUCUUCGCUCAAUAACAGUUGCAUUAAUGACCAAUGUUUGCGUUGUUUUUUCAUUUGCAUGUGCUUAUUUUACAUAUAAAAUAGCAUUGGGAAUUGAUUUAUUUCCAUAUAUUAAUUUAAUGGCAACAUUUAUUUUAAUUGGUAUAUCUUGUGAUAAUGUAUUUGUUAUAUUUGAUGCAUGGUAUUCCGAAAAAUUAGAUAUUUAUAAUCAAGCACGUUUACAAAAUCAUUCUAUUGAAUUCUAUGGUAAAUUGACACCACAACAGGAACAACAAUAUCAUCGUGAUCGGGAUUAUACAUUAUCUGUUAUUAAACGAAAAUUAACAUUGAAAAAUCAUCAUGAACAAGAUAGCAAUCAAUUGGACGAAGACAAUGAGGAGAAUGAUGCAGAUGAGGAAACUGAGUAUUUCGAUCGCAUUAAAAAUCCAGAUUUAAUAAGAAUGAUGAAAGUUAAUGAUGAACAAAUGAUACAAAUGAUGGGAGGACUUUUGAGACAUGCAGCUGCUAGUGUCUUCGUUACUAGUUUUACAACAACAGCUGCAUUUUUUACUAAUAUGAUCACACGUAUUGCCUAUGUGCAAUUAUUUGGUUUAUUUAUGGGAUUUUGUAUAUUGUUUAAUUUUCUAAUGAAUAUAACAAUGAUUGUGUCAUUUGUAAUUGUUUAUGAGAAAAUUUGUGAACCAUUAUCUGCGCGUUUGGGUUUAUUUAAUCAUUUUCCAACAUUAUUUGAUAGAACUUUGGCUACUUUAACAAGGCUAAGUCAUGCUAUAUUCACUGUUUAUAUUCCACGUUUAAUAAUCAAACUUCGUUAUAUAAUGAUAAUAAUAUUCUUUAUUUUUGGUAUAAUUGGUUUAAUUAUUGUGUUUUAUCAUCCUAAAUUAUCGCCGCCGAAAUCUCGCCGUUAUCAAUUUUUUCAAUUAACGCAUCCAUUUGAACGUUUUGAAUAUCAAAUGCGAGAUCAAUUUCUUUCAUAUAUUAAUGAAGAUAAAGAAAAUGUUACAAAUCCAAUAUUAAUAUUUAUAUUUGGUAUUGAAGACAGCGAUUUAAUACAUCCAUUCUAUCCAGAAGAUGCAAAAAUAAAUCAAAAUAAACAAAAUUUAAUCUAUAAUACAAAUAUUGAUUUUUAUGACCCAAACAUUUUACGAUGGUUUGAUUCAUUUUUAAAAGAUCUUAAUCGAAGUGAUUUAUUUGUUGAUGUUCAAGAAACAUAUUCACAGUGGUUAACUAUUGGUCAACUAUUGCGCGGAUUUGUAACACCAGAUAAAAAUACAUCAACAUCAAUGUAUGAUGAAGAAUUUUUUGUUCCAACAACACGCAAUCAAACAAUAGAGGCAAUGAGUCGCCUAUUUAAUUUAUUUAAGGGAUCAAAUAAAUUUCAAUCAGCAAAUGAUAUGACACGUAGCAAUGAAGAUUUUCGUAUUGGAUUUCUACCUGAUAGUAGAACAAAAGAAAUAAAAGCAUUUUUAUUUACUGUUAACAUGAAUGUUACAUUUAAUUCAUAUUCUGUUCAAGAUGCUUAUUAUAAUAAAUUACAAAAUUAUUUUCAAAAACGUUUAGAACAAUUGAAAAUAUCAGAAGGACUCAAUGGUCAUGUUUAUAAACAAGUUAAACACGGAUGGUUUGUUUCACCUCAAUUUCUAUUUUAUGAUUUGAUGCGUGAAGUUAUCCGUGGUACAUAUACGUCUUUAAUAUUUUCAAUGCUAUUUGCAUUUGUUGUUCUCUUGUUAACAUCUGGAAAUGUAUUAAUAACAAUCUAUGCUAUGUUAACAAUAAUAUUUAUUAUAGCUGAUACAGUAGCUAUAUUUGUUCUAUGUGGUUGGGAAUUGAAUAUUCUUGAAACAAUUAUAAUUAUUAUGAGUGUCGGGUUAAGUGUAGAUUUUACUGUGCAUUAUGGUGUUGCUUAUAUUAAAGCGGAUUGGAAAAAAAAUCAAGCUUAUAUAAAACGAUCAUCAAAUGUAUUAAAAUUACUUGAUAAUAAUCAUAAAGAAAAUUAUAAACGAGAUAAAACUACUAUAAAUAAUGAACAUUCAAAUACAAACGACACAUUAUUUCAACGUUUAAAAAAACGACAUCAACAAGGAAAUUUACAACGUUUUCGUCGAAUUAAAAAUAGUCUUAUUCGUGUUGGCUCAGCAGUGUUUAUUGCUGGUUUUACAUCAUUUCUUGCUGGUGUAUCCAUGGCACCAAGUAAAUUAACGUCUUUUUCACAAAUGGGAUUUUUUCUCAUGUUAAUCAUGUUCGUCAGCUGGUUAUUUGCAACAUGGUUUUUCUUACCAUUACUUUCGUGUAUUGGACCUAUCGAUAGAUUCGGUGAUAUACCAUUUGGUAAAUUAUGUCGAUGUAGGAAAUUAUCUACAACAAUGACAACACAAACAGUACCGAUACAUGAAAAUGAAGAAAAUAUAAAUGAAGAGCAGAAGUUGAACAAUGAAACAGAGUCUACUUAA